UUUUGAAUGUAUAUAGAGAAGUAGGUAAAUGGAAAUCACAAUUGAAAACGCCCGUAAGAGACCCCGAAAUAUCGUAACGGAUCGGCAUGAUCCAAUCACGAUAGCUAACGACAAAUUAAAAUCCAACGCGUGGCAAAGCAUAGUCACCCGCAGUCAGCAUCGAACAACAGCGAGAUUCCGUACAAAAAAUAAAAGAAAAUGACUAUAGAACUAUGGACGAACUGCAAAGUUGUGACAACUGACAGAUUUUGAUUCUCACCAUAGAUUUUCAUGCAAAUUAGAAUCAAUGGUCAGUCACGAAUUGACUCGUUGUGUAAAUGAUAAGGGAAAUUUCUCAAGUUUAAAAUUGGUUUUUAAAUAUAAUAACAAAAAUAAAAAAUAUGUGUAUAAGUGCUUAAAUUUAUACACUUUUUAUUUUUCAAUCAAUCGUGUAUAAAAAUAUCAUCGUAGAACAGACUGCGACAUAUUUAGAGGUCACUUACUGUGUUGUGGUUUCGAUAAGUUGGGAACUUGUGGAAUCGAUGUAUUUGUGACGUAAUAAUAUUAAAAAGUGCGUUUUGUUGGUCUACAAUGGCAGAAACAAGUGAAGCAAAACCCAGUCCUUCGGCUCCGGGAGGUGAUGCUGGCGGAGAGGAAGAGAAACGCGAUGAGCGAAUGUUAGAAUGUAACAUCUGUCUUGACACGGCUAGAGAUGCUGUUGUUAGUAUGUGCGGACAUCUCUUCUGUUGGCCAUGUCUGCAUCAGUGGCUAGAAACUAGACCAAGCCGACAAGUAUGUCCCGUCUGCAAAGCAGCUAUCAGCCGAGAUAAAGUCAUACCUCUGUAUGGACGAGGUAAUACCAAGCAAGAGGAUCCAAGAAAUAAGGUCCCUCCCCGGCCAGCAGGACAAAGGACAGAACCUGAGAAUAAUAGUGGAUUCCCAGGUUUCAGUUUUGGGGAAGGAUUUCACAUGUCCUUUGGAAUUGGAGCCUUCCCGUUUGGGGUAUUUACAUCAACAUUUAAUUUUGGAGACCCCAGACCUAGUGCUGCACCUCGGGGCACUGCGCAAUAUGAAGAGGAGCAGUUUCUAUCGAAGAUAUUCUUAUGGGUGGCGAUCCUUUUCGUUCUGUGGCUGAUUUUCGCAUGACCCGAGGGGGCGUGCAGGGAAGUGAAGGCCGGGGGCUACACUAGCCUCCCCAUGGUGCUACACGACUGACUCCUUUACUCAUUCAUGAAAUGUUCAAUUUAUUUAAAACAAACCAUCUAGAAGUAUAUUAUUAUGGUGCAAGCUUAUUUGAUCUCCCUGCUGAUAGAAAUAUAACAUCUAGAAAUCAAUUAAAGCCAUCUAUCUAACUUUGGGCUAGGUUUCUUUGACAUAUUAACUUUUAAGGCUAUUUGUUUUCACCACAUUAUUUUGACUUCAUUUAUUCCCUACUCCAUAUAGCAAUUGUAAAAAGUUAUAAUUUUUUUUAAAGUUUUAAGAAACAAGUAGAGACAUUAAACUACUACAUUCAAGUAUUUAUUUGCCAAGAUAUUUUAAUCACCAAUAUUUUAUAUUAAUUCUAUAAAAUAUAUAAAGUUAAUAUUAAAAUAUACAGCCACAAGUGUUUGACAGUGACAUUGCCUAAAUUAACAUUAUUUAAUAUUUUAAAGAGUUUAAAGCCUGUCAUUUGACCUUUGAUGGUUUUGAGGCAUGUGAUGAAUAUUUAAAAACAUACAGUGAUAAGCCAACCAAAACAUACAUUGGUGCACUAUUUGCUGAUAUAAAAAUAUUAUAUAUUGUUAUGAAUAAAAAUAGGAUUUUCAUAAAAAUAAAUUUAAUUUUGAUAAUUGUAAUUGAUAAUAAUUGAAAUAUUGCCUUUUUAAUGUUUUUUGGUGUAAUCAUAAGCUUCCUUAAUUAGUUGGCUUUAAACAUGUCGGCAUAAUUUAAUAUAUCCUACUUAGACUAAAUUAUAAGUUUGUUCAAUAUAUGUAUAUAAAAAUACUGCUAUGUUCUUACAAAGUUAUAUUGUUGAUGGUUGCUUUCACUAUCUUGUGUCAAAAAAGGAUGCCAUUCAUCAGUUUUAGGAUAAUUAAGACAAGUGAUAAUUUAAUUCAUCAGAAUGAGGUAAAAAACGCAUUUCUUUGGAAAUCUGUAAGACUAUUAGAUUAGAAACUGAAGUAGCGCCGUUGGCCAGGUUGACGAUCUGGGUGAUUUAUUUUAUUUGUAUAUAAUUGGGCAUAAUUUUAUUCUGUAUAUAAAUAAAUUUCAUAGAAGCAAAUUAGCCUAUUUUAGAUUUGCCUUGGGGAGCGUUCAAGUAUUAUGUAACGAAUUUGUGGGAGGAGGGUUUGGAUUUCUCUUGUAAAACCUUACGAUGCGGGGCGGGGAUUGCAUUAUCCGUUUUUAAUAUUAUUUUCGACUUUUCAGUACCAUACCAUAGUAAGUUUUAGGUAUGAAGAGUCACUGGGUCGUCACGAAACGUUUGUUUCGCCCCAAAAAUUGCGGGACGUAAUACUUGAACGCUCCCUUAACAGUCAUUUACCUUGAAGGAACUUAUCGACAAAAACCUUAUAGCUUCUGUAAACAAAAUCGAAAACACUUAUUAUUAUUUUCUUCAUUACGUAUGAAAUUAAGGCUAAACUAAAUUUUCAGGGUAGGUCGAUGAUACUUUUUUUUGACUUAUGUUCAGUAUUGUUUACAAUUGACUACGGUUUUUAAUUCUAACCGGUUAUUGCAGUGAAGGUGACGCUAAUGUAUGGACGAAAUGAGUUUUUUGUAUCGGUUAGCUUAAAAUUUGCACUAAGACAAAAUAAGGUCACUCGAUGGCAUUUUCUAAAAGGCUGGCGGAGACAUUGCCAGUACUAGCCUUUUAAAAUUUAAUUGCAAAUCAAUGUAUUUGAAUAAUAUGCUCAUAAAAGCCAUAUUUUUGACUUGAAUAAAACUUGAUUUAUUGUAUUGUGGUGGGAUAGUUGACGCCUAAUAUUAUUUUAAGACUAAGGUUAAUUGCAGCAUAAAAACUCAUUAAAACUGUUACUCGUUUCAUUGUUGCAUUUCAUGUAAUUAAUUUCGCGUAAAAUUAAUGACAUACUUGUAUAUAGUAUUGCGAAAUGUAAUAAAGUUUUAUUGAGGCUU